AUGAAGCAAUCGUUCUGGCCUGACCACGUUUCUUUUCAAACAUUGGAAGAAAUGUCUAUGGCCCUCAUCGAAGGUAAUGAAGACCAGCGUACACUUACCUGCUAUCGUGUCUGCGUCUAUAUGAAAGCCGCCAGCUUGCUUUGCCGACUACCAAAGAAGGAUCGGAAGCCUCCACUACGAAGGCAUCUUGAGCAGAGCAUAAAGCAAUAUGAACACGAGAUACAUCAAGCUCUCUCCGAGAUUGACUAUCUUGCACCACCGAGUCUGGUCCUCUUGCAAGCAUUUCUAUCGGGGGCACUGUUCAUGCAAAAUCAAGGUGACAUGUCCCGGAGUUGGACAUUAACAGCGUAUGCAUCUAGGACCUUGGUAUCUCUCAACUAUCAAUCAAUGGGCCCAAUCACGCUUUGGGACGAAACUAAGCGUGAUAUAUACGGAUCUCUGUAUACCUGUUACUAUCUCGACAAAAUGCUUAGCGUGCUUCUUCUCAGGCCACCCUCACUUCCAAAGCUCAAACUGAAACCGGCAGAGCUGGUCCAAUUAAAUCCACACCUUCCACUGAGCGCCAGUGUUAAAGUCAUGGUUGAAUUUGCGCAGAUCCAGGAAGUUGUUCUCGACGUAUUGAACCACGCCAACACAGAUAACCAAGCCAAUAUCACCAUGAAGUUGACUCGGGAUAUGUAUGAAAUACAUCACACAAUCAAAAAGCAUCAAAAUCAACUCCCUUUCCGAGACACAACCUACGAAUGGGCUGCCAUCGAGUUCGGAUAUUAUGCACUGCUUGCUAGCGUGUUGCACCUGCAUCAGCGUGUUGUCCAAAAUCGAUCAACACAUGAAGAUUGUGUCGUUGCUUCGCGACAGGCGCUGAUACGCCUGGUCAAAAUUCAGGACGAAAUAAACAUGGAUGCGAAUUUCCUCGAUCAUCAUCCUUACUUCCUGACUUGGACACUUCUUUUCUAUCCACUUAGUCCAUUCUUUGUCCUGUUUUGCAACGUGGUAUAUUCCGCGAACCUAGAGGACUAUGCACUGAUGGCAGAAGUCACCAGAGGAGUUUCGCGUUUCGUGGAAAUGCAUCCCUCAAUUGCUGAAAUUCAUAGACUUUUCUCGGCUUUCCUGAGAAUAGUCAAGCCUGUUGUUCGCAACCACUCCAUCCCCGCUGUUUCUCAACACAUUCCGGGCGCUGCGGUUGAAGGAAUUGGACUCACAAACAUACCAAGUACGACUAGUCAAGCUCCAACAAUGAGCAGCAACCUCAAUGGUGACACAAACAUGACCCAACAAGAGGGAGAUUAUCCCCCGAGCCAAGAUUUCAUUAAUCAGAACGCAGAGGUUGUUCCUGAGGACGAGAGCUUGUGGGAUUUGAUAGAUUCCCAGCCGUGGCUGGGCUGGAUGAGAUCAGAUGCUUUGACAGAGAACCCCAUGGGCAGCUAA